CACAGGUCAGGAUAAAAAUCACUGCUGCUUGUCGGCAACAAAGACAAGAAUUACUCGAAUUAGGGACCGUCGCCUGUGAAAUAUUGGCUGAUGAAAAAUUAUGCAAUACUUUGGUUGCCCCUAAAGACAAUACAGACUGAAGACUGCUGUAAUGUCUGAAACUUCCAAAUAACCUGAAGCCUCCAAAACACAGAAAGCCAUAAUGUAAGAAUCAAGUGAUUUAUUGUCCUCAACUCACGAUAAGUUGUUAAGAAGUGCCUGAGGAUACAACAUUCCUAUCAUGUGAUAUUGGAAUCAUAAUGUCUUUGAUUAGGACAAUGUUGGAUAUCUAUUUAAACAAACAAGUUGUAUAUACAGGACACAUGAUACAUGGAAACAUCUGACAGGACACAGACAUAGAAUUGUCCACUUACCAUGUGGCUUGUUUGACGAGGUUCAAUGUGAAUCUUUGUCGAUGGAAGGACAUAUCAAGCAAGCAUAACAGACGGAUUCUGUUGAUUCCGAUCAGGUAGAGAUAAACAAUUAAGGCACAUAACGAUAAGGUUAGAAACAUGUCGAGUUGUGAACAAGAUCCUAGUAAUUCUUCUCCCUUCCGACUGGACACACAAGGAGAAGAGGAACCAAGGAUGCCGAAAUGUGAACAAGAUCUGAGUGAUUAUUCUCACCGAGAGGUCCAAUUAAAAACACGAGCCGAGGAGAAACCAAGUACGCCGAAAUGUGGUGCAGAAUUUAAUGAUACCUGCCAGUCGGAGAUAGUUUUGGACAAAGGACUAGACUUAUCUAAAUGUAAUACAGAAGCUGGUGUCUACUCUCAGGUGAAGGAACCUUUAAAUACACCAAUAGAUACGGAACCGAACAUGUCGAGAUGUGAGGAAGAGUGUAGUAAUUCCUCUCAGACGGAGAAACCUCUGUAUACACAAGAGGAGCAGGAGCCAAACAUGUCGACACGAGAUGAAGAAUUUAAUGAUAUCUCUCACAUGGAGGUUGACAUGAAGGAACAGACAGAUGAUGAACCUGAUGUGUCGGAAUGUGGAAGAGAAUUUAAGGACUUCUCUCAGCUGGGGAAUCAUACGCAGACACAAACAAAGGAACAACCAAAUGUGUUGAAAUGUAAGACCGAAUUUGGUGACUCUUCUCAGCUGGAUAAAGACAUGAAUACGCAAAUGGAUGAGGGACCAGACACAUCCAAAUAUGGAACAGAAUCGAGUAACUCCUCUCAACAGGACCCCGAGGUACCGACAGACGACGAACCAAACAUGUACACAUGUGGUGUGUGUGAAAAGGAAUUUGGUGAUUCGUCACAGCUGGAAGUUCACAUCAGGACACAUACAAGUGAUGGACCAUAUACGUAUAUCUAUGAGACAAACGAUCAUAAUUCAAUCGACACGUCACUGGUUAAAUCGCUAAGUAAGACAGAUUUGAAACCAUUCAAAUGCAAUGUUUGUGGGAAAGAGUUUAGUGAGAACACCUACUUUCAUGCACACAUGAAGACACAUGCCAAAGAAAGGCCACACAGAUGUGAUGUGUGUGGCAAAGCAUUCACUUGUGUAUCAACUCGAAACAAGCACCUGCGCACACAUACAGGGGAAACGCCAUUUAAAUGCGAGGUCUGCGGUAGAGGAUUCAGUCGUACAUCCGACGUGAAGAGGCAUUAUCGGACACAUACAGGAGAAAAGCCGUACAAAUGUGAUGUCUGCUUUAAGGAGUUUAGUCAGGCGUCCGCCUUACAAGCCCACAUGAGGACACAUACAGGGGAGAAACCUCACGGAUGCAAUGUCUGUGGUAAAAAUUUCAGUCGCACAUCAAACUUACAGAAACACAUGCGAACACAUACGGGGGAGAGGCCGUAUAAGUGUGACAUAUGUGGUAGGGCAUUUGGUCAGUCGGCUAACCUGCACUCGCAUCUUAUGAUACACACGGGCGAGAAACCAUACGAGUGUGAAAUCUGUGGUAAGGAAUUCACACAGACGAAUGAUGUUAAAAUGCAUCUCAGGACACAUACCGGAGAAAAACCAUGCAAAUGUAGUGUUUGUGGUAAGGACUUCAGUUUCUCAUCAAGUCUACAUAGACAUAUGAGGACACACACAGGUGAAAAGCCACACAAAUGUUAUUUCUGCGGUAAAUGCUUCAGCGAGUCUGGACAUCUAAGUAACCACAUCCGGACACAUACAGGAGAGAAGCCGUAUAAAUGUGACGUUUGUGGGAAGGAACUUAGGCAAGUGAAUGAUCUGAAGAUUCACUUGAGGACACAUACAGGAGAGAAGCCAUACAAGUGCGAUGACUGUGAUAAAAGAUUUUGCUCCUCGUCUGCUCUACGUAAACACGUCAAAACACAUACAGGGGAGAAGCCGUACAGCGACUUUCUUGGUCUGGAUUUAUCGUCCUCUAACAUGCAGACAGAGCCUGAGGCUGUGACAGAUGCACAAGAGAAACCAUAGACAUGUUCUACAUGUGAUUAAAAUUAACAUUAAAUAAUAAAAUAUUAACAGCCACCUGCAUGGUUAGUAGUGAUAGGGAAAAUAGCACACCUUUGUUUUAUAAAAUAGCGAUGAAUAUUUUUUUUGAUAAAUGGUAACCAGAUGUAGACGGCUGUACAUUAGUGCAUUUUAAGUGUUACCUCUGGUCAGGAUAUCAGUAAAGCACUCGUUGGUUUAAUCUUUUAUGAAAUGUGUGCAUUUUGUAAAUUAAUUUUAUCUUAGGUGAUACUAAAUGUUUCAUUAUAGCAAGAAUUUUUUUUUUCAAUGUCAAAAUGUGUUUCUGUUAGUUGUUAUCAGGUAACAAAAUCAUACAUUCAUAAUGUGACUUAAUUGGUAUUGGUCAUUACAGUUUUUAGCUCGCCUGCCCGAAGGGCAAUUAAGUGGGCUUAUAUGCCAAGUCUGUUGUCCGCCUGUCUUUCGUCCGGCCAUCUGGCCGGCGUCAACAUUUCAAUUAUAUCAAUAACCAAGAGGCCUCGAGAAGGGCCUGUAUACAUGUAUGUAGCAUGCUGGGAUGACGGGCUAUCAAGUUUGUCCAAAUGAAUGACCUUGACAGACAUUCAAGGUCACAGGGAUCAAAUAGGCUAAUAUUUUCAAACGACUUCUUCUCAAUAACCAAAAUACCCAGAGAUCUGAUAUUGCAUUUGUAGCACCGGUAUACUGAGAUAAAGGGCUGCCAAAUUUGUUCAAAUGAAUGACCUUGACCUACAUUCAAGAUCACAGGAUUCAAAUAGGCUUAAAUAUUUUAAGAUUAAGAGGCCCAGGGACUUGAUAUUGAGUCUGUAUAUGUAGCAUGCUUGGGUGAAGGGCUACCAAUGCAAGUUUGUUCAGAUAAAUGACUUUUUCUUACAAUGUACAUUCAAUGUCACAGGGAUAAAAUAGGCUAAAGUCUUUUAACAACUUUCUUCUCAAUAAUGAAGAGGUCCAGGGACUUGUUAUUGAGUCUGUAGCCUGCUUGGGUGAAGGGCUACUAAGUUUGUUCAAAUGAAUGACCUUAACCUUUAUUCAAAGUCACAUGUUAAAUAUACUAAAAUAUUUCCAUGACUUCUCCUCAAUAACCAAAAGAUCCAGGAACAUGAUAUUUGGCUUGUAGCAUGCUUUGGUGAAGGACUAGAAAAUUUGUUCAAAUGAAUGACCUUGACCAUGAUUUAAUUUGAAUUGGCCAAAAUAUUUAUAAGACACGUUUUCAAAUAUCUGCGAGACCCUGAGAUCUUAUAUCUGGUCUCUGAUACACUUGGUUUUUUUUUGGUUUGUGUAUAAAAAAGGAUCAUUGGAUAGCAGGUGAGCAAUACAGGCCCAUUGGGCCUUUGUUUAUGAGCUGGCCCCCUGGUCCUUGAUCACAUUUCCUUGUCUGAGUUUUAUUUCUGCACAGUAAUACCCUGGUAUGUAGCAUUACAGUUUCAAUGUUAAAUCAUCAAAAGACAAAGCUUUAUAGAUACAGGUCAGAUGUACUAGCUACAGAGUACAAAGUAAUGACUGCCACACUGAGUGAAAUGUUGGCAGCAACAUAUACCACUGUCAGACCAGCGUCGGUUUCAAGUCAGUAGUAAAGUGUCCAUACCUAAAGGCCAUACUAGACUGAUUGUUCUGUACUAAUUAUAUCUAUGACACUAUAUAAUUGUGGUCUGGAUUUGGCCAUACUAGUUGUAUCAAUACAUAGUACUGAUAUAAUUUGUUAACACUUAAAUAGGAAAAAAACAUUCUGCCAUAAUUAUAUUUAGUGAUCAAUAAUUACAUAAUGAUUAUUUUAUUUCGUGGUCAUUUCAAUUUUUUAUACCUAUAUCUUAGUUUGAUGUAGUCGUAACUAUCAGAUGGAUUUGUUAUAGUUAUAUAAAGUGUUAAAAGAUUUUCCUCGUGAACCACCUGUUAACCAUAUAUGUUACAUGCCAAUAUUCUCUUUCAUUGAAUCAAUUUAAUAUAGCAACAUAUUACAUCAUCUAUGAUCAAUUGGAUGUUAUUCAAUGUAUCAAUUCUAUAUUAUUAUACAUUGUAUUAAUUACAUAAUGAUAUAUACAUUGUAUC